GCUCACGACCCACUCUUUGGUCUGCCAUGUACAAGCAGUAUUUCAAAAUCGGGCACUACUAUACACUGCUGCGGGAGGAGACAGUGACCGGCAGCUUGCGAAGAUGGAAUCAGAUGACUCCUCAUGCGUGAGACAACUUCCUACCGGCAAGAAACGAAUUCCAAAAGCAUGCAGUGCUUGUCGACAGUCGAAGGUGCGAUGUGAUGGGAAACGGCCCUGCUCGAGGUGCAAGCGAUCAUAUAAACAAUGCAUCUUCUACGAAGUUCCUAAAGAUCCCACCACCGAGAGACUGGAGAACGUCGAAUCUGAAGUGCAACGUCUCCGUGCACAGAUAGAGGCCAUGGGCGAGCUUUUUCGUCUCUCCACGCAGCAAUUGCCACCAGAAGAUCUCGGGCAAGUGCAGCACGCUCAGGACCAAUUCGUGGAUCAGCAUCGUGCAUACCCCGCCGAAGCACCUUUCCUGACUUCGAAUCAUGCGGCUUCUCAUUCAGGAGGCAUGCCCAUGCUUUUCGCCGUGGCGACCUCUGCUCUCAACUCCGAGAGGGAAUCCGAGUUGCGUCCACUAAGAGGAUUGCCCUCCUCGUCGCAGAUUCGAUCCGCGAUGGACGAGGAGACAGUUCGUCCGGUCAAACGGAAGCGCUCUGGAUUUGAGGUUAAGGAAGAGCUCAUCUCGGACUUCGUAUCUCAGGGCUUGAUGACUGCUGAUCAAGCUGUCGCUUGUUUCAGAACGUAUGCGCUUUUAUCUCAGAGAUGUGACUCAAUGAGACAUGCUGACAGGGAGGGAACUAGGUUCUUCCAGGGCUGCGAUAGGUACAUCCCGAUUUUCGAUCCGGAGGUCGACACCUUCACCUCGGUACGCUCUCGCAGCAGUAUACUGCUGAACGCGAUUUGCACGAUUGGCAGCCGUGUUGAAAUGAGUGCUGCGACGGGUCCCGGACAAGUUCCCGAUCUGCUGCACGCGGAACUCAAGAAAUGGAUUGGCACUGUGAUCCAAAACAAAAAUCUGAACUGCCUGGAGUCGGUGCAGGCGCUGCUCAUCGUCGCGUGCUACACCGCCGAACGCUCGCUGAUGCUAUCCUUUGCUACCAGAAUGGCGUUGGACCUUGGUCUGGACGUAGCGUUCGAAGAGCUGAUCCAGCUACUAACGUUGAAGAGGACUAGUGACCCGUUGAGAAUUCCCGGUGAUAGCGUGGACGCACAGGUGCGCUGUUUGAUGCGGAAGUCCAGGACAUGGUUUGGGCUCCUGGUUCUGGAUCACAUAUUUCACGUCGACGGCGGCAAGCCACCUGGGAUACGAAUGAUGGGAAAUGCUCGGAGAUGCCGAAUCCUGCUGCAUCAUCCUUCGUCGACAGUAUUAGAUAUGCGUCUUUUCUCUCAGGUCGAGUUGAACGUUAUUCGAGCCAACAUCAACGACACACUAGACAUCCGAGACAGUCUGACUCGAGAAGCAAUUGCUGAGUUUGUACACGAGGCCAAGGUCGACCUUGAUCUCUGGUUUGAUGACUGGCAGCGCAUCAUUGCCAACUCCCCGACAGCCCAAGAAGAACGACCAUUCCUACUGGCCGCCCUGAGUGUCCAACACUGCUGGGCCGAACUCAUCCUCCACUGCAAAGCGCUGCGCUCCAUGGGCGUGGAGAACGUAGCAGCAAUCGCCCCCAUAGAGCUUAACAUCCUGAGCCUCGCCAAAUCCGCCGCCCGCCAACAUCUCCGCCUCAUCAGCCUCGAGCCCGCCUUCUACCUCGCCAAGCUCAAAUACGCCAUGGAUUUCGUCUGGGCCAAAUGCGCCUUCUGCUUCCUGCUGCUGCUGAAACUCUCCCGCCUCCUCCCCGAACAGCGGGACGAACACGAGGAGCUGCUGCAGCUCGGAAACAAGCUCCUGUGGGAGUUGACCCGGUCGGCUAAGGGCGUGGAGAUAUCGGCUCCUCUCGAUCUGGAUAUUGCACCGUCUAGAGGUCGUCAUUGUGCCGAAGCGGCGACAACGUCACCGUCCUCACACAUCACCGAUCCUGGAACAAGAGCGCCCGCCGUUCAGGGCCUGGCAUCAGGAACAGGUACAGGGUUGGGGAAUGUCUACAUGCAUAUCCUCCGCUUGAGCAUCGAGAAAUACAGCCGCAUAUUUCAGGGACAGCAGCGGGGGGAGAGGGGGGCAAGUGGCAGCAGCAGCAGCAGCAGGCCUGGUAGUGGUGACGGUGCGACUACCACUGCAGGUGUGGAGACAGCAACAGCAGAGGAGCCGACGACAGCAGCGGGAGCAGAACAAACCUCUACUUCCUUCUGGGACCUGUUCGACGCGCAUGUCGAUCUGCAGUCGUUCGUGCCAGAACAGUUUGUACGCGACUGGGAUUUCCCCGGGCUGAACCUGUUCUAUUUCCCGACGGCGUGGCAGGAUUUCUUUGGGGACUCCUCGUUGGGGUUUGGAAGCUGAUUUACGCCAGUCGAUUGUCCGCGGAGAGUUGUAUCAUCUGUUGCGUUGGAAGAGUCAGGGGUGGGGGGUGUAUUCUGAUUUGAUACUUGCUUGUUCUUGGUGUACAGGCCAA